UCAACUUUCACUCUGACAUUAUUCUCUCUACAACAUACAAACCUUUCACAGCUUCUACUUCUUCCAUGCUUUUAGCUUUCUUUUCUUCAAAUCUACUUGGGAUUUUAGUACCAUCUCUUUCACUUACAAUCUUACUGAUAAGUGGGAGCUUUGGCUUCUUUACGACCAUUUACCAAAAUCAGUAAUGAGAUAACAACUAUUAAGAAAAGAAAAGAAGAGAAGAGAAAAGAAGAGAAGCUGUAUUGGUUGUAGUCUCUGCUGAACUCAUUGAUACAAUUGACUAAAGAACAAUGGAGGGUAACUGGGGCUGGGAGCAGAAGAUACUGAUCGGCGAGCUAAUUCAUGGGAUGGAAUUAGCAAAACAGCUGAAGCAAAAUCUAAGUGCAAAAUCUUCACCAGAGGCAAGAGAAUUUCUAGUUCAGAGGAUAUUAUCUUCAUAUGAAAAGGCUCUUUCCAUUCUUAAAUGGAGUGGUGGUUCAAUGGGGCAGCAGCAGCAGCCGCCUCUUGGGGUGGCGACCAGUUUCAGUUUGCCGGAGUCUCCCAUUUCGAAUAACGCAAGUCCUCAGAGCGAAAACUUUGACAGGCCAUUCAAGGAUAAUCAAGACCUCAGAGAUGUCUCCAAGAAGAGAAAGACAAUGCCCAGAUGGACAGACCAAGUGAGAGUUAGCUCUGAAAAUGGUCUGGAAGGACCUCAGGAAGAUGGCUAUAGUUGGAGAAAGUAUGGACAAAAAGACAUCCUAGGAGCCAAGUACCCAAGAAGCUAUUACAGAUGUACUUUCCGCAACACUCAGAAUUGUUGGGCUACAAAGCAAGUGCAAAGAACAGAUGAAGAUCCUUAUCUGUUUGAGAUCACAUACAGAGGAACACACAGCUGUUCCCAGGCCGGCAACUCGGUUCAGCCACCUAAAUCACCAGAAAAACAAGAUCAGAAACCAAACAAUCAAAACAUGAUUCCUCAACAGCAACAGUUUGAACAAUCCAACCCCAAGUUUCAAUCUAACUUGAGGGUGAUAACAGAUGAAUUGGGAUUCAGAGAAGUGAUGGAAUCUCCUUUCUCUUUUCCUUCAAGUUCAUAUGGAUGCAUGAAGAGUGAAGAUAGCUUUACCCCUUUGGUGCUGGACAAUGAUACCUUCUUGGGGGGCUUCUCUCAAUCAUUUGUAUCUCCAGCCACUCCUGAGUCAAAUUACUACCCACUUUCACCGUUCCAGAUGAGCAGCCCUACAGCUUUUCAUAACGUGCAACGGUCUGAAUCUGAUCAUACCGAGAUUAUCUCAGCCAACAAUUCAGUCACCAAUUCUCCUAUUCCAGAGAUGAAUUUCUCACUUGAUCUAGUGAACAAUGACCCAAAUUUCCCAUUGACACUCCUGGACUUUUCUUCCAUUUGAAAGGCUUUUUUUUCUUUCUUUAAUAAAUAAAAAAAAAAAAAGAUACAAUUAGAAGCAAUUUUCAGAUUGGGUAGCUGCUAGCACCUGUUGAAUUAAGUUUGUAGUCUAAGAGAAGUUCAAGAUGAACAGUUUGUAAAAUACAAUGAGUGCCUUUUUCUGAUACUAAA